GAUGAGAUGGAAGACAUGGAAGGCGAAUUGGAGUCGAUGCUUCCACCGCAGAGUGACAGCUCCCCCAUGAUGCCGGAGGUGCUUCCACGGGAGCUGCGACGGCCACGUAACACAGGCAACGAGUUUGAUGAGCCCUUGACUGGAGGCUCACGCUUGCGUCGCAACCUGGCGCGGGGCUUGGCGGUCUUGAUGGCAUCUGCCGGGAUGUUGGGAUUGCUGUCAGGUUUUGGGCUAUUGAUCAUGGAAUCAGCGCGACAUAUGCAAAAUCACUGGGAUGUCUAUCAGAAAGGAGCCGAUCAGCUGACCAAAGAUCUGCUGUCGCUUUUCAGCAAAGUGCCAGAGAGCUUCAAGAAGCAGUAUCAGGAAGCGAGCGCGGACAUGGUGAAAUCCACGCAAGAUCUCUUCUAUUCCCUGCUAGGCAACAUUGUGAAUAAUGUCAGCUCUCUUAUCUUCGGAGUUCUUCUCACCAUGCUGUACACCCUCUUUUGGCUAUGCAGCCCAGUUCCAAUGGACUCUUCGGUUGAUGUCAUGUUCCGGAAGUACAUCAUGUUCAAAACCUUAGCCUGUUUUGGCUAUGGAAUCUCUGCUGGUUUGCUUCUCUACUUCCUCUCCAUCGAUUUAGCAUCGGUCUUUGCUCUCACGACCUUUGCUCUGAACUUCGUACCGGAGGUGGGUCCCUUCAUUGCCAUGGUCCUGCCUUGCCCGGUGAUCCUCUUCGAUAGUCGAUUGGAGAGACCAAUGCUAACCCUGCUGACUGCGAUCAUCGGACAGUUGGCCUUGAAGUUUUCCUUCAGCAACGUCAUCGAGGUGAAGUUGAUUGAGAGUGAUAAGAAGCUUCGGAUGCAUCCUGUGAUGAUCUUGCUGUCCGUGGGCAUCUUCGGAUAUUUGUGGGGCCCCACUGGGAUGCUGCUUAGUGUGCCCUUGAUGGCUUUGAUGAAGAUCGCGCUUUUCUCUGAGCUGGUGCCGUCCAGCUACCGCGAUCCCAUCUUGGUGAUCUUGGAAGGUGAUCGUAGUGCCCCUCAGAAGCACGGCCUGAAGGCUUCUUCCAAGCGCUGUCAUGGUGCAGUCCCUGGUGGAUGA